AUGACGGUGGAGAGAAUCUCUGAUCUAGGUCAUCGCCGAUCUUACUUGCGGCGUCGGGCAUCGAAAGAUCUGGAUCGCCGAUCUGCGUCAACGUGGAUCUCGCCGAGCUGUGUCGUCGUAAGGAAGAAAACAGGGCGCCGAUCGCGCCGAGAUAUGUCGCCGCAGGGACUAGGUGCAGUGAUCUGGGUCGCCGAUCGGGGCUAUGCAGCUGCUGCUAGAACUACCGAAUUAGCAACUAUGAACUUCCUAGCUUCAUUUUCUACCCAUUUACGUAAGUACAACUUCCUAACUCCCGGAGCUUCAAAUUCAGUCUCUCACGGAUUAUCCAGAAAACCCCAAGUUUAUGAAGCUUCCUCCUCAACUCUUUCCCUCCCCAUCUGCGCGUCUAUCUUUUCUCUUCACGAGUUGGUGAAGGUCAGUCUCAAAUUCGUCAAACAUGUCGUUGGGUCUUUGUUCAACUCCCCUCGAUUCACUGUUAGAAUCUCCCCAGAAAGCAAGAGCAGAACAAACCCUUACACUAGCCACUUCUCAAAUUUGCGUGCAGUGACCCCUAGAUCUAGAAAUAUGAGCAGUGGGAAGGGGAAUGUGAAAUUGGGACAAACUAAUCCCCGAGUUGGCGACAGAGAUGGGCUCAUCAUUGUUGACCAUGGUUUGCGCCGUAAGGAAUCAAACCUCAUGCUAAAUGAGUUUGUAGACAUGUUUAGAGAGAGAACUGGGUAUGCUAUAGGGGAGCCUGCUCAUAUGGAGUUGGCAGAACCUUCGAUUCAAGACGCCUUCAAUUCAUGUGUUGAACAAGGUGCCAAUCGUGUGAUUGUAAGUCCAUUUUUCCUCUUACCAGGAAGACACUGGAAUCAGGACAUUCCAUCCCUGAUGGCGGAAGCCGCAAAGGAGCAUCCUGGUGUGUCAUUUAUGGUGAUUGCGCCUCCUGGUCUCCACCCACUGCUUGUGGAUGUUAUGAAUGACAGAAUCAAUCACUGCUUGAGCCAUGUUGCUGGAGAUGCAGGUGAAUGUGUUGUUUGUGUUGGAACUGGCAAAUGUCAGCUCCCUUGAUUUAUGCAAGCUCAUAACAAAAGAUGAUGGGGUAAAGUCAUCUCCCUAUAGCCGACUAUGCAAUAGUAAGGACAUCUUGACUGUGAAUGGGAGAUUCCCAGGGCCAACUUUGAAAGCUCAUAGAGGGG